AUGAGGAGACUUGGGAGUAGGCAAACCGUCGCCAGCAAUCAAUACAGGCUCGAUGACCACAUUUGGAAAGGAUGUACACAUAUUCCACGUCAUUGGCACAUACGACACAGAGAUCAGUGGCCGGAACACGUACCAUACCGGGAAGGGAAUCAUUAGAAAGAUUUUCGGAGGCUGGUUCGGAAUUAAUAGGCUUUGAGCGCUUAAGACGCCAUUUGUGUCUAACACUACCCGAGUUAUUGGAUACUAUUGAGUCAUUGCGAGACUUGUGUUGAUUCCCUGAAAUAA